GAAAAAUAUAAAUACACAUUUAUAUCUGCUUGAGAUUAUUAUAUUGUUAUAUACCAAUGAUAUUGAUACCUAUUGAUAUUGUUAUUGCUUAACUUUCUAAAGAGAGAAAAUAAUUUCCUAGGAAAUGAGGCCAAUGAAACACUCACUGUUUUGAGUAAGCCCCUGAGACCUGAUAGCAUGUUCCCAAAAUAAAUUCUACAUCGAAGUUAUGCCUAUUAACUGAGGUCUUUAUUUGUAAAAGAGAAAUAAAAGAUACAUGAUUGACCCAAUAAAUCUUUUUAAUGGUGAUUGCUCAAUAGUUUUAUAGAGGAUAGGUGAAGGUGUCAUGGAUGUUAGAUUAAACAUAAGGCAUUAAAGAAAAAGACCUUAAGAAAUAAGGUUGAGAAAUAAUGGGAGAUUUUAACUUUGUGAAUCUGUUAUAAAAAGAAACCAGCCCAAAAGAGGACAUGGUAGUAUUAACAGGUAAGAAGUGUAGUUUUUGUUAGCAAUACUAUUUUUAAAAUGUCUCUGUUGCCCUCCUUAUUUUAAAAUACUGCCUCCAAAACUGUUGGCAGAAAUUUGCAGGAUAAACACAUGGCCAUUUCUUAUUGUCAGCCUACUCUCCUUAAUGACUGUCUACCAAUAAAACAUAUUACUGUUUGAUGGCAAUAUGAACUCUCAGCUUAAUGUGUGAUCCCUUCAUUGAUUGCUUACUGCAAAUGCUACUCAUCUGUUUUUUUUUUUAAUUCUUGGAAGCAUGAGUUUAAACUAAAAUACUUGUAUAUAGUAUGAAGUAUUGAACAGAGGCUAUUUAUGACUGUUACAAUAACUUCCAGUUUCUACUAUGUACUAGUAAGUUAUAUUUUCUUCGAAAUUAUAUAUAGAUAUUUGUAAUUCAAGAGCCGAAUUCCAGAAAUGUGUAAGGAAAGAAGUCUGACCAAAGUUGUGAGAAAUGGUUUACAUUUACAAGGACUAAAAUGGUGGAGAAGCAGAUGAAAAACCCUAGAAUUUACCAUAAAUUUGCAUGGUUGGCUAGUUUUGUCUGAAAUGUUUAAUUGUUCUUGUCACCUAAUGCUUUUCAAACCAUAGUGAUUUCCUAACUCCAAAAGAAGGGUCUGAAAAGUAAAAUUGGGGGAAUAACCUUUACUUUUCUAAAGUGACAUCUUCUGCAAACAAAUUCUCCCUAAUCAAGACUGAGGCUUUCCCUUGUGUCCCCUCCUUGUCUUCUUGUUUCCUCACUGCCGACCGCUCCUAGACAUGAAUGCUAACAAGACCUAUGCCAAAACUCAGGUCUUGGGGGAAGAUCAGCCUUCUCAGUCUUUGGCUCACAGAGAGUCCAAGCAGGUUGGGUUCGAUCCUAACACAAAUGCUACAAUUCCUGUUGUCCUCAGGCAUCCCAAGGGCACAGGUCACUUGCAGAGCCGCACAGAUUAUCUUCAGGUUCCCCUGAGGAUCAUCCCUGUACAUUAAUAUGGUUUAAAUUACUGUACAAGCUAAGGCUAGUUCAGUAGUAGUUUAUAUAUGGCUGAAAAGGAACCUUCCCUAUUCUCCAACCCCACCCCAGUAACUUGAACGUAAAACUAUUUUUUGCUGGGCAAAGAUUCCUGAACGGUCUUUCUUCUAGCCUGCCAGCAAAAUGAAGAGGGAGCUCACCUGGAACUUUAGGGAUAUGAUGCAUUACUAAUGGCAGCCAGUUGCUGAGCAGCAACUUGAAAAGAAAAAUGCUAGCCUAUGCCUUGGAGAUAGCAGCUAAUACAGGUGACUUAAUGAAAAUACCCAGUUCUGAAUUGAGGAUACAAAUCUGUAAGUGUAUUGUCAACUUUUAUCAUGCAGAACCACCAAAGAAGCAUAUUCCAGAUUUACUAACUGUGUUAGGUUACCAGCAAGCUAGUUCAUCAUACAAGGCUAAAAUGGCUGAGGUCGGAGGAUUGGCCAAAACAAUGGUUCAGUCAAUGGCCUUGCUUGAAAAUCAACUCAUUGAGAAACUUUGGGUGCUUAAAGUUCUGCAGCAUCUCUCAACUUCUGAAGUUAAUUGUGCUUUAAUGGUGAAAGCUCAAGCAGCCAGCGAAAUCUGUGUUCACCUCAAUGACCCAGAUCCCUCUGGACAGCUCCUGUUUCGUUCAUCAGAAAUACUUUGGAACUUACUGGAAAAGUCUCCAAAAGAGGAAAUCAUACAGCAGCUUAGUACCUUGGAAUGUUUGAUGACUCUGAAGGAAGUAUUUAAAAAUCUGUUUAUGAGAGGUUUCAGUCAUUAUGAUCGCCAGCUUAGAAAUGACAUAUUAGUGAUCACUACAAUUAUAGCUCAAAACCAGGGAGCACCAAUGAUUGAAUGUGGCUUUACCAGAGAUCUGAUCCUGUUUACAACUUUUAAUGAAGUUAAGAGUCAAAACCCUUUGGUAAAAGGUCUUAAGCUGUCUAAUUCCUAUGAAGAUUUUGAGUUGAAGAAAUUGCUAUUCAACAUAAUUGUGAUCUUAUGUAAAGAUUUGCCUACUGUACAGCUGUUAAUUGAUGGCAAAGUUGUUUUGGCUCUACUUACCUAUGUUAAAAAGCCUGAGAAACACAAAGUGAUGGAAUGGUCUGCAGCACAGUACGAAGAAUUACAACUGCAUGCGAUCGCGACUUUGUCCUCGGUUGCUCCCUUGCUAAUAGAAGAGUACUUGUCGUGCCAGGGAAACGCCCGUGUCCUGGCGUUUCUGGAGUGGUGUGAGAGUGAAGAUCCCUUCUUUAGUCAUGGUAACAGUUUCCAUGGUACCAGUGGCCGUGGCAACAAGUUUGCACAGAUGCGUUACACUUUAAGACUCCUGAGAGCCAUGGUCCACCUUGAAAAUGAGACUGUGAAUGCAGAUCUUUGUGAAAAGGGAACAAUUCAGCAAUUGAUAGGAAUCUUUAAAAAUAUUAUAAGCCAUCCUAACGAAAAAGAAGAGGCCAUUCUUUUAGAAAUCCAGUCUGAUAUAUUACUUAUCUUAUCUGGUCUUUGUGAACAUCACAUUCAAAGGAAGGAAAUUUUUGGAACUGAAGGAGUAGAUAUAAUUCUCCAUGUAAUGAAAACAGACCCCAAGAAGUUACAGAGUGGCUUAGGCUAUAGUGUACUACUUUUUAGUACACUGGACAGCAUUUGGUGCUGUGUCUUGGGAUGUUAUCCUUCAGAAGAUUACUUUCUUGAAAAAGAAGGCAUUUUUAUCCUUUUGGAUGUUUUAGCUUUAAAUCAAAAAAAAUUCUGCAAUUUAAUACUUGGAAUAAUGGUUGAAUUUUGUGAUAAUCCCAAAACUGCGGCUCAUGUCAAUGCUUGGCGAGGGAAAAAGGAUCAGACAGCUGCUAGUCUUUUAAUUAAAUUGUGGAGAAAAGAAGAAAAAGAGCUAGGAGUAAAGCGUGACAAAUAUGGGAAGAUCAUUGAUACAAAGAAACCUCUGUUUACUAGUUUUCAAGAAGAGCAAAAAACCACACCUCUGCCUGCUAACUGCCCCUCUAUUGCGGUUAUGGAUGUUGCUGAGAAUAUCAGAGCAAAAAUUUAUGCUGUGCUGGGCAAACUAGAUUUUGAAAACUUACCUGGCCUGUCUGCUGAGGAUUUUGUCACCCUCUGUAUCAUACAUAGAUAUCUUGAUUUUAAAAUCGGUGAGAUAUGGAAUGAAAUAUAUGAAGAAAUAAAACUGGAAAACCUAAGACCAGUCACUUCAGAUAAAAGAAUUUUGGAAACUAUUACAACAGCCUCAGAAAAUAUUGGCAAGAUGGUUGCUUCUCUGCAAAGUGAGAUGAUCGAAAGCCAAGUGCGCCAUGAUGUGCAAAACGAACAGAAAGUGUACACGAAAAUACAAACCUCACACAAGCAAAGAGAACUGGCUAAUAAAUCAUGGGAAAAUUUCUUGGCUAGAACAUCAAAUGCUAAAACAUUAAAGAAAGCAAAAAGGCUUCAGGAAAAGGCGAUAGAGUCCUCUAAGUAUAAUGAGCGACCACAAAAUGCAGUUUCUCACCCGACAGUUAUUAAAGGCCUUAACACAACGGUUCCCUCUGGCCGAGUAGUGACAGUGGAAAGCACUCCUGUCCGAUUACUGGGCGGACCCCUGGCUGACACAGAUAUUGCUCUUAAAAAGCUGCCUGUUCGAGGAGGAGCCUUGCAGAGGGUGAAAGCAGUUAAAACUGUAGAUGAGGCAAAAAAGAGUAUUCCUACUUAACACGCUUCAGAGACUUUUUUAAAUAAAUCCUGCUUAUAAUUUUUAGGUAAAUGUGAUUUUAUGUAUAAAUGUAAAGCAAAUAUUUAAGAGUAAAUAUUUUAGUAAAAUGCUAUAAAAAUAAAAGGACAGAGAAUUUAUCAUUUGGAAAGAUCAACAUAUCAUAUCAAAAUCUUUGUGAUCCAUUUCUUUUGGAAAGACUGCAAAUUCUCGUAACAGAAAUUAUGGAUAUACUGGAUCAGUUAGGACUCUCUCAGUUGCAUGUGAACUACUCCAGAUACUUUAGCUAAAAAAAUGUAUAAGUUCUGUAUCUGCCAGAUCUAGGAAUAAUUUAUAGACUUGCAAGCAUGGUUGGAUCUAGAGACUGAAGCUAGGUUAGUAGGAUCAUCUCAUUCUCGCAGCUCCUGGCUUCCAUUCUGUGAGGUCUGUAUUCAGUAGAGAAGCAUGUGUGCCUGCUUCUCAACAGUUCCCACAAGUGCCUCUGCAUCUCUGGACCCUUGAUUGCCUGCUCCUGAGUGACUCAUCAUGACUUUGGCCAGAUCUGAGUACUGCUUGUUGGAGCCAGAAGCAGACCAACACCACCCAGUGCAUUUGGACGAAGUGGGGAAACAAGGUGCUGAUCUCAGAGGUGUAAACUAACAGUAGGCAGCAAUAAAUAUAUUGGUCAAAGUCACAUAAGUUAUAUCUGCUGUAAAAAGCAAAUGUUAAUCAUGAGCUAAACAAUAAAUAUAUAAAUCCA